UGGAUUUCUGUGCUUGAGGAUAUAUGCAUUUAUCCUUCUGGAAUCUCAUGUGCGUAUUGCACUCCAAGCAAAGUCGCAUGCCAUCAGCUGGUUUUGGAAUUUGGAUAAUUGCACAUCUCUCACUGGAGUACAGUUAUUGAGCUUUCCAUUACAGGUGUUUGUUGGGAAUCGUUCUUCAUCCACCUCUGAGCACGGGCCGAGAGCCUCCUAACAGGAAGUGUUCGGUUGGGUGUGUCAUCUGGUGAAAUGGAUGGCCCACAGAAAAAGCGGAAGUCUCGGUCGGUGCGAAACCGGGAGCGCGUGUCUAACGGGAUCAGGAAUAACCAUGUCCGCGGCUCCAUGCUUCGAUUCUCCUCGGAUUCAGAGAAGGAAGACCGCACCAACCCCUCCUCUUCCACACGACCCAGGCCACCGAGGAGGAAGAGAAAGGAGUCUACCUCUGCUGAGGAGGACAUCAUUGAUGGAUUCUCAAUAUCGGGAUUUAUGACGCUGGAAGCUCUUGAGAAGGACAUGGCCCUGAAGCCCCACGAGCGGAGACAGAACCAGGCAGGACCGCUGCGCAAGAAGAAGCCCGGCCGAGUGCCGAAUGGGCUGAGCUUGGACCUACACAAGGACCGACUCAACCACAACAACCACCAGCACCACCACUCUGACCAGGAGAACAACCCUCGCCUGGCCCAUACACACAGCAAGAAGAAGAAACACCUGCAGAAGAAACACCGACCUCUGAAGCCGGGCCAGAACAACUGUAAAGACAGCGAUAGCGUGAGUGGAGAAUCCAAACCCUCCAUCCGGAGCAGCUCCAGAGAUAGACUGACAGACUGUGACAGCGAGAGUGGCCAAGAAGACAAGGGCUCCGAUGCCAGCUCAGAGAAACUAUUCAGCACAGCUGCUGUUAAAGGUGGUUGACGCUCACAAAAUGCC